AUGAUAGAGCACCUGCACAGAACAAAGCAAGGUGAGAACAAGGAUCAUCGUUAUCUUGGAAAAGAAACACAGAAUGAAAUAAUUCAUUUUGUUGGAUCAUCUAUAACCAACAACAUUUUAUUAAUGAUGAAAUCUGCAAAGUAUUACAGUAUAAUUCUGGACUGCACAACAGAUAUUUCAAAAGUUGAGCAGAUGACAGUUGUGGUACGUUUCGUCCAGGAGACAAGACUCGACGGGGUAUACGAUGUCCGAAUUCGGGAGCAUUUCAUGGGAUUUCUUCCAGUGCCCGAUUCUUCAAGCUCCAUUUUGACGCAGGUCGUACUCAAGUUCUUGCAAGAUAAAAAAAUCCUAUUGUGUAAUAUGAGAGGGCAAGGAUACGACAAUGGAGCAAACAUGAAAGGAAAGAAGUCAGGUCUCCAGAAAAGAAUUUCAGAUAUGAACAAGAGAGCAUUUUAUGUACCAUGUAGCAGUCACUCAUGGAAUCUUGUUGUAAACGAUGCCGCUAUGUCUCCUAAAUAUGCUGUUUCUGUGUUUUCGGCAGUGAAAAGCUUAUAUGACGUCUUCUCGUCCUCGGUUCGACGUUGGGAUGUCUUGAAGAAGUAUCUGCCUAACCUGUCGCUGAAGCCACUGAGCGACACUAGGUUGGAAAGUCGCAUCGAUAGACUUACUCCCCUGAGGUUUCAAAUUGGAUGCGUUUAUGAUUCACUGGUUCAGAUAUCAGAAGAAUUCGAUGGCAUGACCGCUCACGAAGCAACGUCACUUGCGAAUGAAAUAAAAAAUUACACCUUUCUCACUUCUCUGUUAAUCUGGUACGACGUUCUGCUUCAUAUCAGUGUAGUCAGCAAGACCCUCCAGACCAUUGACAUAAAUGUUUCUGAGGCCGUAGAAGUUCUUGAAAAAAAGAAAGCAUAUUUUGAGACCUGCAGAACAGAAGAAAAGUUUGUGUCUUUCUUGACGGGUUCCAAAGAACUGGCUACAGAAUUAGAGCUAGAAGAUAUAACAUUACCACGGAUAAGUGUUUCCUGGCGACGAAGUAAGAAGCCAAUACACUUUACCUAUGAAGGAAGGGAUGAGACAAUAGAUGAGCCAACUAAACGUUACAAGAGUGAAUUCUACUAUUAUCUUCUAGAUAUGGUAACCACAUCUUUGGAUGAGAAAUUCGAUCAACUGAAAUCUCAUUGUGAUUAUUUUGAUUUUCGCUACGACAUCGGCGAGCUGAAGAAUCCACCUCCUGACAGCCUUGACACAAAGUGUAGAAACCUCGCAGCGAUCUUACAAGAUCAUGAGUCAAGCGACAUUGAUGCACUAGAGUUGAGGGAAGAACUAAAAGAGCUUUCAACAUUGGUGAAACCUGGAAUAGGUCCAAGGGAGACUCUGAAGUUUGUAGGAAGACAUAAUUUUUUCCCUUAUGUUAACAUUGCUCUGAGAAUUCUCCUAACACUCCCAGUGAUAGUUGCGAGUGGAAAGAGGAGUUUCUCAAAACUGAAAAUGAUAAAGACAUACCGAUCAACAAUGAGCCAAACUCGUUUGAAUGAUCUUGCAACAAUAUCGAUAGACCACGAGCUUGCAGAGGACUUAAAUUACACAGAUCGUGUGAAAGAGUUUGCACAAGCAAAAGUCAGGAUGGUUCGAUUUGUCUAG